CUGCCUCUUCACGGAUAGAGGAGGGGCUGGAGGGUGGCACGGGGUGGAGGGCAGGACGGAUUGAACGAAGCCUGGCAGCCGUGCUUUGGAAAACCCACUUCUCCAAAAAUAAAGUUUGACUACAUUCUUCUUACCGAACGGAAGACUUCACAGAAUAGUUCGCUUAUUUUUCUCCGUUUUUUUAACCAUUGGGGAAAUGACUAAACCAUCAGACUUUUAGGAGAAAAUACAUUGGAAAGUGUCGCUCAACUUUCCACACAGGAAGCAAGGUCUAACUGCAGAUUGCGGACGACUCAGAUGCUCAGAACAUGGAGCUGAACAGAGGAGAAGUACCUCUAUAUGGCCAGGUGGAGGUCCGUGCUGUGUUACAGGUUACAGAUCUGGACAAGGAACCAGAACAGACAGAGUUCUAUGUGGUUCUAGAAGGUUCCAGACUAGCCCAUGUUGCUGUAGUUAAGAGAGCGGAGGAUGGAGAGUCUCUUUGCUUCACAGUUCCUGGUCACGACCUCCAAGAGACCGCCUCUGUCACAGUGUAUCGUCACACAGAGGACGGAGCCAAGCCUUGUGGAGGCGGGGCCUCCCUGAGGUACGUCUGUGAUUUGCCACAGGAAGUGGCCGAGUACCUGCUAGCCAACAGCGACUCUUUGAGUCCCCAGAGCCACCUGGAGGUUCUGAGAAGGGUCUCAGCAGCUCCAGGGGAGGGGGACAUGGAGGGUGACAUGAGCGCUGGUCCAGGAAAGGAGCACUCUCUGGGGCAGACAGACCAGGAGGAGGUGGGGGUUAGAGGUGGGAGACCCAGACCUGAUCCACAGAUAGAGUGUCAUCUCAGGGAGAUGGAUGAGAGGAUAACCCAGGCCGUGGCUAACCUGAACUACCCUCUGGAGUGGAGCGGCAAGGCCAGCCAACCUAGAGAAGAGCUCCUGCCCAGGGAGGCUCUCCUCCACCUCUCAGUGCGUCUGGGUUUGCUCCAUCUCUCCCGCUUUCUGAUUGGCCAGCCUAUGGGUCAGAGGGCACUGACCAUGCCCAAUGAGGAGGGGGAAACACCCCUCCAGCUGGCUCAGAGGAGAGGAGACCACUCCCUCUUUAUGGCACUCGCUACUUCACCUUUCCCUCAGAGGUCUCCCCUUGUCGGGGUGUGGUGUGUAUGGGCAGAUAGCACCCGUGUACUGAGGUUCUGUCCUGGAUCUGACUGCCUCUCCCUCACCUUCCUGGGGGGCCCUGAGAGCAGUGUUCUGGGCAACAUCAUGGUCCUCAGAGAGAAACUGAUGGACCACAACAUCCUCAGACAGAUCUCAGCACUGAGAGGUGAUGUUCAGAUGGAGGACAGUUACGGAUUGGACGUCCUUAGAAGUGAUGCCAGUGACGGAGGUCUGGGCAGGGGGCUGCCAGUUAGAUACCUUACUCUGGUGGAUAGUGUUUUUGAAGAUCAGCUUGUUCUCUCUCUGGAUGAUGAUGAGGAGCUUCCAACGUUACAAACAGUAAAGUCCCAGACGACCCACCCCAGAGGAACCCAGAGACAGUUCUCUCACUCUGCUGCUGCAGACACAUUAGCCUCCAUCAUCAAUGGCAGGAGUCAGCUCGACACAGAGGUGGAUGACCUAAGGGCUAAUGCCAGUGUUGCUGGGAUAACGAGGGACAGCUCUGUGACUGUCAGCAGGGUGUGGGACUCGGUGGCCUCAGAGUGCCUACUCCAGGCCACCUCCACCCCUCUACCUCCAUUGGGACUAGAGGAACAACAGUCCCCCUCCAUCUCUCACUCCCCCUCUCCCUCACCUUCCCCCGCUGACCGAGCCCUCGCCCAACUCAACAGCAACUCCCACUCUUACCUAACCAAUCAGAGAGGGAGCCCGCCUCUGGAAUCCCCUGACCUCAGCCCCAGUCUGGUAGCUCUAGUGAUGGACAGUGAGGGAGAUGAGGAGGGGUUCCUGGUAAAGUCUUCCCUCUCUCCCAUCUCUCCCCUGAACUCUGACCCUCGUAGCAGCGGGGACGACACCUCCCCAGGCCUCACCUGCACACGCACACACUCCGUGUCCUCAGACGGCGACCCCCCCCCCGCAAAGGAUAUGGGCAACCAGGGGAUCAGACACCGCUCCUACUCCUACUCCUCCCCCAAGAUCAGCCUGCUGCCCCCCCGCUUCUCCCGCAAAACCUUAGCCACGCCUGCAACCUCUGACCCCAGCCCAGCUGUCUUGUCCUCCACAGAACAGAGAACAUUGAGUCUAUCAGAGCAGCCUCUCGAAAAAAGGGAGUUAAGAUUUCGUAAGCGUGCCCAGUCUGCAGACGAUGAGGGCAGCGUUGAGCUGGCAGAGUCCCUUCAACACCUCACCCUCUCAGAGUUCCUCAAAGAAAUUGAAGAGGAGGAGUGGGACAAGUACAACAUCCCCUCCAAGGUGGAGUCAGAGAAAUACAAAGUGAUUCGUACCUUCAGCUUCCUCAAGAGCAGGAUGUCCACCACUCGCAACAAGAACAAGGGAAAGGGGAAGGAGAAGGAGAGAGAGAAGGAAGGGACAGAUAAGGACAAACAGCAGAAUGGACAUCGUUUCUCCACGGGUUCCUGUGCUGGUCCCACCGUCUGUCUGGUCUGUGACAAACCUGCUACUGGCAAGGACCUUCUGCACUGCUCCUGUUGUACAGUCAUGGUCCAUAAGGGUUGUAAGGACUCUGCUCCCCCGUGUCUAAAGAAACUUCAGGAUAAGUAUGCAGUUACUAUGGUGAAGAACCGAACAGCAUCCCUCCCGCAGAACUUCACAGUGCGAGACAGUCCCUCUCCAUGUCCGAUCUCCACCUCAGCCUCUCUACCUAUGAUGAGCCAGAGGGACAAGAGGGAAACAGCUUCCCUCCCCAACCCCCUCUCCAGGAGCGUCCCUUCUGCCACAGACAGGCUUAGUGAGAGUCCAGAGGCGGAGUCUGACAGCAGGUGGUGUCCUGGCCAAUCAGAGGAGCUUCUGCAGACCACCGAGUCGUCCACGUCCACUGACUCCUCCGUCGGAGAAGUUUGUCCUUCCACUCCCCAAGUAGACUGUGUGGACGCUAGUCUCCAUGGUGACCUGGAUGCUGAUGCUCUAGACUACAAGGCUGAGUCUUGGAGUCUGACGGUGGAACACACGUUCUGUAAGAAGCAGGACAAACGGGUGGUCAAGAGGCAGGAUGUUAUCUAUGAGUUGAUGCAGACAGAGAUGCACCACCUCCAGACACUGAGGAUCAUGGCUGAGGUGUUUCGGCGAGGGAUGAGGGAGGAGGUUCAGUUGGAUGCGGGCGCCGUGGACCGUGUCUUUCCUUGUCUGGAUGAACUCCUCCUCCUCCACCACAACCUCUUCAACGCCAUGAGGGAACGCCGCCACAGCUCCGCCAAGCCACAUGGGGACAGGAACUACGUCAUAGUACGCAUCGGAGACAUCCUGUUGCAACAGUUUUCUGAAGACAGUGCAGAGAGGAUGAAACAGGUGUAUGGAGAGUUCUGCAGCCAUCACACUGAGGCAGUCACCUUCUUCAAAGAGUUACAGCAGCACAACAAACGAUUUCAGACCUUCAUCAAGCAACAAAGUAAUAACUAUUUGGUCCGGAGGAGAGAGAUCCCAGAAUGCAUCUUGUUGGUGACCCAGAGGAUCACUAAGUACCCUGUUCUGCUGGAGAGGAUUCUACAGUACACUCAGGUGGACAGUGAGGAGCACAUGGACCUUUCCAGAGCCCUGGUUCUGAUCAAGGAAGUGAUCGCGGCAGUUGACCUGAUGGUCAGUGAGUUUGAGCAGGGUCAGCGGUUACAGGAUGUUCUGAACAGGAUGGAGAAUCGGAGCUUUGCCAAGCUGAAGAACGGGCACACCUUCAGAAAGCAGGAUGUUCUGGGGCCAGGCCAGACCCUCAAACACCAGGGCCUGUUACUGUGGAAGACCGCCACCGGACGACUCAAAGAUGUCAUGGCUCUCCUUCUGACAGACACACUGAUCUUCCUCCAGGAGAAAGACCAGAAGUUCAUAUUCGCUGCUGUGGACCAGAAGCCCCCAGUGAUCUCUCUCCAGAAGCUGAUCGUCAGAGAGGUAGCCAAUGAGGAGAGAGGGAUGUUUCUGAUCAGUGCGUCGGCCGCAGGGCCAGAGAUGUACGAGGUCCACACUUCCUCGAAAGACGAACGCAACACCUGGAUGAGACUAAUCAGAGAAGCAGUAGAGAGCUGUCCAGAGGAAGAGGAGGAGAACACUAAUGAGUCAGAAGAGGAGAGAAGAACAGCUGACGCCAGAGUCCAGAAGAUACACAAACUACAGGAGACCCUAUCCAGUCAGGAUUAUCAGAUAUGCUCCAGUCUGGAGGAGAAGCUACAGAUCUAUGCUGAACUGUCUGUCCUGAGGGGCGAGGCCCAGGAACCACACCCUGAGCCACACCUACUGGUCCAGCCAAACCCAGAGGAGGUGCCCCAGGCUGCAGUACUGCUUACUGCCGCUCUCAGAGAGGCUGAGAACCUGAGGACCACUCUGUCCUCGCUGACCUUUUCCCCCUUCAGCCCCUGCAGCCCUCCCAGGGACCCCCUGUCCCACCCUGUCCCACCAGCCUGCCCUCCUACCCUCCUGGACAUCCCCUCAGUUGCGGAGGCCUCACUUGGGGACCCUAAUACCAGGGAUGGGGAGUCAGCCUCCCAAGUCCUUGUACUGCAGUCCCUGACUAAUAAUAUCAACCUUAAGGUGUCCCACAGUGUCCAAAGCUUGACCCAGUUACUCUAUAGUCUACAGGCGGCGGUAACCAUCCAAGACAGUUUCUACGAGGUUCAGAAGUUCCUCCUCCAUGAGAGUGACCGCCACUCCCCCCGCGCUCCGAGACCACACACCCCAUGUCUCCGUGGCAACGCUCUGCAGGAGCAGGAGAAGCAACGUAAUCUGGAGAAGCGCCGUGAGGAGGUGGCGGCAGCGGUACGGUUGCAGGGCAGGCUGCACCAGGAGAGACAGCGGUGGGAGAGGGAGUGCCAGGCGCGCCACAGCCAACAGGGGGAGCUGGAGAGUAGGCUGGAGGAGAGGGAGAGACAGUGCCACCUGGAGGCUGAGAGGCUGAAACAUGAGCGGGAAGAGCUGGAGGAGCAGCUGGAGGAGUACCAGCAGAGCCUGGAGAGGCUGAGAGAGAGUCAGAGGAGUGUGGAGAAGGAGAGGGAGAGGCUGGAGACCCAGCAGAACCUGCUGCAGAGCUGGAGACACAGCCGACAGAGGAGCCUGCCGGUCAUGGUCAUACCCCUGGACCGCUGUCAUCAGGUGUGUGUGAGGGGGGACUCACUUCCUGGCCAGCCUGGAGGCCAUCUUGACAACGGCGGCUCAGUCUUUGUCAACGAGGCAGCGGUCACCACGGCAAUGGGGCUCAACAACCGCCACCUGCAGCAGCAGCAGAGAGGGUACAGCGAUGACCCUCGAGCCCACAACAGCCUGAACACCCUACUGGCCCGCUCCAGCCACGGACAGACACUCCAACUCCACCCUGACACACACACACCGGGGGGCACCGGUGUCACCGGGUACCUCUACACACCCACAGUGGGACAGGGCCCUGAGCAGAAACCCAACGAUAUAAACACACACCGCAAAGUGAGGGAGAUGUGGUCAAUGAUGGCAACAGCGGCUGGACAAUAUCAGGGUGUACCCCCACAUGGAGAUCCCCAACUGGACCUGUCCUUCUUGGUUCCUCUGGAGACGGAGAGUGGGGAUGGGGAGGACGUGGGAGAGGAGAACAUUGUGUACCUCUGAGGCUGAACCCCCUGAGUCAAAACCAGGACUUAAAUCUGGAAUCCUUAAUGGUGAAACUGCCACAUCCGUUUGGGAUAUUACAACAACUAAGAAGUUACUACAAACAACAAACACCGUUUUUUCCCCCUUGGACAUAAUUAGAAUCACAGAUUUGAAGGCUCCGAAUACAAGAUUGGACAGUAAAUAUCUAGGCCUAUUGUAUAUCAACAAGGUUUAAAGAAGUAACAGGACUGGCACAUACAGAAAUCUCUCAUGCUUUGUCUCUCUGCCCCGCCACGUCUGUGCCAGGUACCCUCCAUAUGUGUCGCCAAGUGUUGUCAAUGAGAGUGCUUUUAUAGUGCUACAUGUUUAUGUGUCCAUAUGUGCAGUGUGUGUGUGUAACUUCAUCCACUGUGUGUGUGUGUGUGUCUCUGUUGAGAGUUCAACUCCAGGGCUGCCAUCGGGCCUGUGUGCCUGAGGCCCUCCAAUGACAGUUACCCUGACCAACCCUGCUGCCUGCCUUCCCUCUCUCUCCUCACCCCUGUAUCUCUCUGUAUCCCUGCCCCACACUGCCCUAAGUCUGCUUCAGUCUACCUCUCGUUUUCUCCCUUGUCCUCUAAGCCCAAUCUCUCCAAGACUAUUUAUUAGGCUCUCCCAGAAUGAAAUGCUGAGGAGAGUCUUCUCUAUGUUACCGCAGGGGGAAAGAGAGAGAGCAGAGAGGGGCUGGUAUCACUGUAGAAUCAGGCUGAAUCUGUCUGGCCAGGAAAUAAACAGCUGCUCGCCCAUUCAUCAGACAAGCUCUAUUUAGAAGGUGAGCGGGAUUCUGCAAACACAUUAGUCAUGAAGGAUGAGGUGAAGCACCAUGAUCAGAAGGGAUUUGGUCCCUUGGUUUCUCAGACUGUCUGGCUCUGGCUACGCCCGGACAGCAUCAUUUGUUUUUAUCCGAAGGACUUUUUAUUGUUUUGAAAGAGUGUAAAGGUAUUGUGGUUUUAGGAAUGAUGUUGUGACUGUAGCAAUAUAUCCAUACAUUAUAGGACACUGCACUACUCUGCCUAUAUAAAGUACAUAUUUUAUUAGGGUCAAACGCAUAUAGUGGUCAAAAACCAUAGGACAGAACAUUUCUAUACUUUCAAUGACCUUUGCUUUUAAAAAUGGUUUUAAGUAUCCAAUCAGGGACAGUGGACUGUACAUGUGAAGCAUACCAAAUAUGGCCACAUCUCUUCUGCAUGAUAACAUAUUUUUUUUACAUCGUUUUAAAAAUUUUAAUGUUUAAAUAUUCCUUCCAAGGCACAUAUUUCAUAGCACAUGAUUUAUUCCAGUGUGUGUUCAGUUACUUUAAGAUUUUGUCUUAUGUAAAGUUACCUUACUAAUGCAUGUGUAGUAAUAGUAGCUGGAUAGUCAGCCUGGUAUCAGUUUAUAUCAGUGGAGGUUCCAUAGAGGAGGAAGGGGAGGACCAUCCUCCUCAGUGAAUUUAAUAAAAAAUAAAAAUAGUGAAACAUUGAAAACGUAAUCCUUUAUAUAAAAAAAUAUACUAAAUCUAUUCACGUCACCAAAUAGUUGAUUAAAACACACUGUUUUUCUAUAUAGGUCUACAGUAGCCUCAACAGCACUCAGUAGGGUAACACCAUGGAGUAGCCAUAGGACAGCUCGUUUCCAUCCUCCUCUGGGUACAUUGUUUUAUUAUUUUUGUAUUUGAUUAUUUUACACUUAUUUUAACAGGUAAUUUGACUGAGAACACGUUCUCAUUUACAGCUACAACCUGGGGAAUAGUUACAGGGGAGAGGAAUUACACCAAUACAAAACCAAUACUUACACAGUAAUAAUGACAACUUCCGGAGAAUGUCCUCCAAUCUAUCAAAGCUCUUGCAGCAUGAACUGACAUGUUGUCCACCCAAUCAAAGGAUCAGAGAAUGAAUCUAUCACUGAAAGCAUAUGCUACAGUUAGCUAGCACAGCAGUGCAUACAUUGUGGUGAGUAGUUGACUGAAAGAGAAAGACAAUAGCUGACCAGUUUUUAACAAAUUAAUUUAUUCAAAAAUUGAGAAGAAAUAUUUAUUGUUGUAAUUUUUUCACUUUCACUUACUUAGCUAGCGAAUGCAGCCAGCUAGUUUAGCCUACUUAAACACCCAGCUCAAACAGGGAGGGAUGCUAUGUUAGUUAGCUGGCUAUGACUAUCCAAAACUGGAAUUCUUCCAAGUCAACGUAAACUUUUGAUGUAAGCUGUGUGUAGCAGUUAGUGGUUAUAAUAUGAAGGUUUGGCUUGGAUUUUUUUUUUCUGGUCACAGACAGCUGGUGUGUUGUGCACUGCAGUCCACAAGUGAAGGGAAAAGGUGAGAGGAGGAGAGUGCGUAGAUGUGAGAAGGAAUACAACAAGUAAAGUAAUCAUGCUGUUUGUAUGUGGCUGCUAUGAAAGUGAACUGUGUUUAUGUGUGAUCAGAGAUGCAUGUAUUCAUUCCUCCGAUUCUGUAAGCAAACGGAAUGAAACAUGGAUAAAAAUACCUGAAUUUGUUUGCAACUGUUGGACUAAUGAUUACACCCUAGAUCAGAUAGAUGCAGGCAAGAGUGUGCGGUAUUAAAUGUGUCACUGUCUGUCA